CCUCAUCUUCCUUUCGUUUGGUUCCCUUCUCGAGCUAUUUAGUGAUGGCGGCGGCGAUAUCCAUGACGACCACUUCCGUCACUCCUUCUGCCUCCCUUUUCAAAACCCUCAAUCCGAGGGUCGCCAGAUCGCUGUGUUUCGGAUCUUCCUUCUCACCCUUCCUCAGGCAUCACCUCCUCCAGAUCGGCACGAGUGAGGCGGCUGGCGGCCGAGGCUCUGCGCUCGGAGCUCAGAUGGUGUCCGUUCCUUCCAUCGGCAAAGCUGCUCCCUUUCUUGACUUCGAGACUUCGGUGUUCAAGAAGGAGAAGGUCACUCUGUCUGGCAACGAAGAGUAUAUUGUUCGUGGUGGAAGAGAUCUGUUCCAUUUGUUGCCGGAAGCGUUCAAAGGGAUCAAGCAAAUUGGUGUAAUCGGAUGGGGGUCUCAGGGCCCUGCCCAAGCACAGAAUUUAAGAGAUUCACUUACUGCAGUGAAAUCAGACAUUGUGGUCAAGAUUGGUCUAAGAAAAGGUUCUCAGUCUUUUGAUGAAGCACGCACUGCUGGAUUCACUGAAGAAAGUGGAACCUUGGGUGACAUCUGGGAAACUAUUUCGACCAGUGAUCUCUUAUUGUUGUUGAUUUCUGAUGCUGCACAGGCAGACAAUUAUGAGAAAAUUUUCUCUCACAUGAAACCAAACAGCAUCUUGGGACUCUCCCAUGGUUUUCUUCUGGGGCACCUGCAAUCCCUUGGUCUUGAUUUUCCUCAAAACAUCAGUGUGAUUGCAGUAUGCCCCAAAGGCAUGGGCCCAUCAGUGCGAAGACUGUAUGUCCAGGGUAAAGAGGUGAAUGGUGCCGGGAUCAAUUCUAGUUUUGCUGUACACCAGGAUGUCGAUGGAAGAGCUACAGAGGUUGCCCUGGGUUGGUCAGUUGCUUUAGGAUCCCCAUUUACCUUUGCUACUACAUUAGAGCAGGAGUAUAAGAGUGACAUUUUUGGGGAGCGAGGUAUAUUACUUGGUGCUGUGCAUGGAAUUGUGGAAUCACUGUUCAGAAGAUACACUGAGAAUGGAAUGAGUGAAGAAUUGGCGUACAAAAACACCGUGGAGUCUAUCACGGGAGUCAUAUCAAAGACCAUCUCAACUCAGGGUAUGCUUGCUGUAUACAAUGCCCUGUCUGAAGAUGGGAAGAAGGAAUUUGACGCUGCAUACAGUGCUUCAUAUUAUCCUUGCAUGGAUAUAUUGUAUGAAUGUUACGAGGACGUUGCUUGUGGAAGUGAAAUUCGCAGUGUUGUUUUAGCUGGACGUCGAUUCUAUGAAAAGGAGGGUCUCCCCGCUUUCCCCAUGGGUAAAAUAGAUCAAACAAGGAUGUGGAAAGUUGGCGAGAGAGUUCGGGCUUCUCGCCCUGCCGGUGACUUGGGCCCUUUGUAUCCUUUUACAGCAGGGGUGUAUGUUGCAUUGAUGAUGGCACAGAUCGAGGUUUUGAGGAAGAAAGGUCAUUCCUAUUCUGAAAUCAUCAAUGAGAGUGUCAUAGAGUCUGUUGAUUCGCUCAACCCCUUCAUGCAUGCCCGCGGAGUGUCAUUCAUGGUGGACAACUGCUCGACCACAGCUCGGCUAGGAUCGAGGAAAUGGGCUCCCCGUUUUGAUUACAUCCUCACCCAACAGGCUUUUGUAGAGGUGGAUAAGAUCAGUCCUAUCAAUCAGGAUCUGAUCAGCAACUUCCUGUCUGAUCCCGUCCAUGGCGCGAUUGAGGUUUGCGCCCAUCUGAGGCCGACCGUGGAUAUCUCAGUCCCUCCUGAUGCAGAUUUCGUUCGCCCAGAAUUGCGACAAAGCAGCAACUGAGAAGCAUUGCCAUAUCUAUGAAGAGAGUUGUGAACUUUUGUUUGAAUUGAUUGACAUCUUAAACUUGUAGUUGUUGGAGCAUUCCAUCAAUUAUCAGGACAAGGUCAGUGCCGACAUUUCAUAGUGUAUCCGGCACUAGUUUCUAUCAUUUGUCAUGUUUGCAGCACUGUUUCUUAAAUCUAGUUCAUGGAAUAAGAAUUGGGCAAAAAUGAGCGUUUUAAA